AAGGUUGUCUACCUAUACGCAUGGGUCGAGCAGCCACGAUGUCGCAUAUGUACCUCACAUGGAUACUCUCGGACGCUAGGCAACAACGAUUUGAUCCUGUGAAUUCCCCGGCUGAAUGAACAGUCUAUCUUUCGCUAGUCUAGGAGAGAUGGAUUAGUUGAGAUGUGCGCAUGUUACCCGAGUUUGAACAAAGUAAGAAAAAUGAAAACAAAAUUAUGGUCAUUUCGUUGCUUAAUUUGUUACACAAGUAAGCCAUAGCGCUGCAACACUCUCUUUAUGUCUUCCAUGGAACACUGCCCAUUCUCUUCCUCAACCUAAAGAUACUCCGUAUUACCUUUCAAUCCUCUGGAGAUCUUGAAAUGGAAGGCCCGGUUCCGAAUCUGGUGUUCUAUGGAGUGGUCUCAUGGUCGACAGCCUUCGUGCUGAUCCGAAAGAGUCUUCCCAACUUCUCGUUCAAUUUCUGCAACCGCGUGGUCUCGACUGUUCACGCAGUUGUUGCUGUCAGCUUGGCUUCAAUGUCCGUUGAAGAUUGGAGGUCUCCAAUCUCUCCCCUGGCCUCGAAGCCGUCUCCUCGCCAGGUCUUUGCAAACGGUAAUAUUACAACUCUCAACCUGAGUCACGGAACAUCGAAUGUCUAUGGAGGUAGCUCUCGCUGCGAGCCUUUCGUAUCUGAUCUACGAUCUGUUCUGCUGCCUAUUCGACAAGCGAGUCAGUGUGGACAAUGCGGUUCACCAUCUGGUGAGCAUUAUAGGAAUUGGAGCUGGCCUUAUCUACGGAAAGUGCGGGUCGGAGCUGGUGGCAGCAUUGUGGAUAACAGAGAUGUCGAGCCCAUUCCUGCACCUGCGAGAGCUUCUCAAGGAGAUAGGCUACAGGGACACCGACCUCAAUUUCGCAGCCGAUGCUGCAUUUGCAGCAAUAUUUUCAUUAGCAAGGAUGGUGGGUGGGCCUUACUUAACCUACAGGACUCUCUCCGCAGACAAUCCUCUAAUCAUCAAGGUGAUGGCGGUAGGGUUGCAGCUGGUGAGCGCUUUCUGGUUCUACAAGAUUGCUAGGAUGGUCAAGUACAAGCUCUCCAAGAGAUCCUCUCCCUCUUACAGGAGAAAACUUUCCUGACUGGCAUCCCUUCCCAAUCUUAGACCCCCUAAUCGAAUUAUUAUUUUUAAGGGAAAAAAAAUUAGGACAAAGUUUAACGAUUCCCUGUUGCAUUGAUUGGUCGGACAAUACUGCCUCUCAUUUGUAACUUUAAUACGGGAAGAUUGGUUACUUGAUUCUGCUCUUGUACCAUAAUAAUCGAGAAAAUCUUCAAUAAUCUUACCACAAUGAUGUGGUUAAAAUAUAUAUAUAUAUAUAUAUAUAUAUAUAUGGAAAAA